AUGGGCAACGACGCCUCUCCUAGUGGUCGGACUCCCGCCAGUCCUCCUCAGAGUCCCUCAUCGGCAAUGAAAUUCCUCUCUCCGGCCACCCAGGCUGUACACGGCGAUGAUGUGCUCAAUGUCAUCGACGACGUCGCACCACCCAUCCACCUCACAACAACCUACCGCUACCCCCGCGACCCAGACCUCCUGAGACCCCAUCACGAGCGGCCAAGCUACCCCGUUCUCGACUUCGGCGAACACUGCUACUCGCGGCAGUCCACGCCGGGCCUCGCCCGCGUCGAAGGCAUCCUGACCCUCCUCCUCAAGCAGCCGACCGUGGCAUACAGCUCCGGCCUCGCUGCCUUCCACGCCCUGCUGACCAUGCUGGCGCCCAAGCGCGUCGCCAUCGGCGCCGGCUACCACGGCUGCCACGGCGUACUCAACCUCUACGCGCGCGCCAGCGGCUGCCAGAUCCUCCCGCUCGACUGCAACACCGAGGAACUCGGCCCGGGAGACCUGAUCCACCUCGAAACCCCGGUCAACCCCACCGGCCUGGCGCUGAACAUCCAGCACCACGCCACCAAGGCACACUCGCGCGGCGCCUACCUCAGCGUCGACUCGACCUUCGCCCCGCCACCGCUCCAAGAGCCGUUCGCGCUCGGCGCCGACGUCGUCAUGCACUCCGGCACCAAGUACCUAGGCGGCCACUCGGAUUUCCUCUGCGGCGUGCUCGCGUGCAAGAACACCGACUGGGUGCAGCGCCUGUAUCAGGACCGUCUGUAUCUGGGCUCCGUCAUGAGCGGCUUCGACAGCUGGUUACUGGUGCGCAGUCUGCGCACGCUGGAGCUCCGCGUCCUGCGCCAGAGCCAGGCCGCCGACUACAUCGUGCGAGCGCUGUAUCAAGCCUUGCAGCAGCAGCCCAGUGACCUCCAAACGGGUUGCGGCGACGACAGCGGCGGCAGCAGCAGCAGCAGCAGCAUCCUCUCGGCGGACGACGCCAACGUGGUCCGUGGCGUCGUCAAGAGCAUCCAGCACGCGAGCGUCCAACCCGCCGCGCUCGAGUCCGCCUCCUGCUGGCUCCGUCAGCAGAUGCCACGCGGCUAUGGCCCUGUCUUUGGCCUCACGCUCCACUCCGCGUCAUGGGCCCGCCGCUUCCCCAGCAAGCUGCUGCUGUUCCACCACGCGACCUCGUUGGGCGGCGUCGAGAGCCUGAUCGAGUGGCGCACGAUGACGGAUGCGACGGUAGGCAGGGAUGUGUUGCGUGUGAGUGUUGGUGUGGAGAGGAAGGAGGAUCUAUUGGCGGAUUUGGUUAGGGGGAUGAGGGAGGUGUGGGCGGAGGGUGGUGGGGAGGGAGUCCAAGGGAGGGCGAAGCUGUAA